CACCAAUGAAGAAAUAACGUUUGUGGGUUUUCUUACAUUUUAACAUAACCAAGCAGGAAUGACAAAAAAGGAAUUAUAUUAAAUCUAUAGUGCUUUUUAUAUGCUGUUAUUUUCACAGCGGGACUUUCCAGUCUGACAGGUUCCCAUGUGCCAUGUGUUCUCAUUCAAGGAAGAUACACUGAUGCACUUUCGAUGUGCACUCUUGAAAGGUGCAUGUGCAGCAGUGUAAAGAUAUCUUUUAGAAACCUAAUUUUUAAAUCGCUAAGGAUGAGGUUGUCACUGUUGUUUGUUCUUUUACUGGUGGUCAAUGUUGUUGAUCCAGAUGAAGUGAAGUCAGUGUCGGUGAUGGAGGGAAAUUCUGUCACUCUACACACUGAUCUCACUGAAAUACGGGGAGAUGAUUUGAUACUGUGGAUGUUUGGACCCCAAGAGACUCCUAUAGCUGAGAUCUAUCAACAGAACAUCUCUAUAUAUAAUGACGAGAGAUUCAGAGACAAACUGAUGCUGGACAAUCGGACUGGGUCUCUCACCAUCACAAACAUCAGCAUCACAAACUCUGGACUUUAUCAACUACUGAUCAUGACGAGAAACAGAACGAGUUUUAACGUUACUGUCACUGCUCCUCUCCCCACUCCUACCCUUACCAGACUGCUUUCUGCAUCAAACAAUCCCUCACAAUGUCAAGUGCGUUGUUCAGUGAGCGAUGUACAGCAAGUGCUGCUCUCUUUAUACAAAGGAACCAAUUUAGUUUCCUCUUCAAGUUGCUCUGGUUUCAGUCAAAUCUUCUCUCUGAGUAUCGAGGUUGACUAUCAGGACCCAAACACCUACAUAUGUUCGGUGUCUAAUCAAAAUGACCAUAGAAACAUGACUAUAAAAGAGCCCUGUGUGAUUUGUAAAGGUGCAGAGGGUACAAAAAUAGUUCCAGUGAUAGCCGGAGUUUCUCUCACACUUCAAGCUGAUCAAUUUGACAAAGAAGCAGAGGAUGAUAUUCUGUGGACCUUUACAGCUGACGAGCAUUAUAUUGCUAAAAUGAAGAAAUCCACACAUGAUAUCCGUAUAUAUGAAAGUUUUUUUUUUAAAGAUGCGUUUCUAAACAAUGACACUGGAUCUCUCACCAUCCCCAAUAUCAGAGAAGAACACACUGGUCUCUAUAAACGAAUUGUUCUAGAUCAGGGCAAGAUCAAGUGCUGGAUUUUCAAUGUCACCGUCUAUGCUCCUUUGUUCUUCUUUCCUAAUAUUACCAUGGAGCCAUCAAUAAUGAAAAUGAUCCUCAGCUCAAGAUGUGUGUUGUUGUGUUCAGUGAUGAAUGUGUCACAUGUGAGUCUCUCCUGGUACAAAGGAAAGAGUUUAUUGUCCAGCAUCAGUGUGUCUGAUCUCAACAUCAGACUCUCUCUACCUCUGGAGGUGGAAUAUCAGGAUACAAACACAUACAGAUGUGUGGUGUCCAAUCCGGUCAGCAACCAGACUCAGUAUGUGAAUGUGACUGAAGUCUGUCGAAAAUGUGCAGAAGAGAGCAACCAUUUGAAAAAUUUAAUCGUUUGUGUCGUGGUUGUGCUUGCGCUCCUGGUUGUGAUACUGAUAGUGAUACUGAUAACCAAAAAACUUUGCGGCAACGGAACAUCUACAGAGGAUCUCUUAGAGGACGAGACUAAUGAUGAUUUGACAUCCCCUUUAUCUCCUACACAGCAUCUUGGAGGUGCUAGGGGGCGUCAUCAAAGUAGGCCUAUUUAAAAAGAAAGCUAAAACAACUAAGCGAUAGAACUCAAUGUUUGGUUCUUUUUUAGAACAAUUAUAUGAAGAGUUUGGUUCCAAAAUGAGAACUCAGUUUUUUAAAUAUUCAAAAAUCAUGUUUCUUAUUAUGUUAUCAUAUUUUUAUUGGGUUUUAUUUUGUUAGUUAGCUAACAAAGUUAGUUAUUAUUUGUUUUGAUUCAUUAAGUACGGUGGCCGUUAAGUGCAAAACAAAACAACAAAUCGCAAAACUAAAAACAAAUCUAAAAGCAAAAUUAAAAAUCUAAAAUCAAAAUGACAAAUCUGAAAACGCAAUAUCAAAUCUAAAAACAACGGCAUUUUUAUUGAUAAUAAUUGGAAUGCACAAUAAAAAAACAUGAUUUUUGAAAUUGAAAAUGAGUUAUCUCAUUUUGGAACCAAACUCUUCAUAUAUCUUUGUUAUGCCAGGCUCUGGAACAUUCUACACUUGCUGCCUUAAAAAAAGUGUGAAAACUUCAAUUUGAAAUUGUGUUAUUACAAACUUUACAUUCUCAUUACACACUACUGUUAUAUGCACGUUAUUUUUAUACUUUACACUUUUGUAAAUUGGUUUUGUUAUAUUAUGUGGGGAAAGUCUGUUCAUAAAAUAUGAUAUAUUUUAUUUUAUAAAUGUAAUUAAAAACUGUUUAAUAAAUCAUU